UACAUGUAACAUGCUUGAGUUAUAUAACAUUAUUUACUGUGUUUGCUGGGGCACCUCGUUGUUACACUCUCUGUACUCGCAAACAUCUCCUCGAGAUGCGAUAGAUGUGAGGAAAAGGAACGCAACUAAUGCAAUCGGAUCUAUAGGUUUUUAGCGAAAGAGAGAGAGAGAGAUAGAACCGCAAAGACGGAAUAUAGAAGGUGCAAUCGGAAGGAACCGAGCGUAAGUACAGUCCGUUCCAGUUUCGUCACUCGUGGCAUCAGUUGUUCGCUACACUAGCAACAAGCAGUCUUUCGAGGGUGCAGCAAAGUCAGUCGCGAGCGCACAAAUGUCAGAUGUGUCGUGACGAGGCGAGAGUAGGAAUGUGACGGGGCGCAAUUCGGCGGCAUUUAAAUUCUUCGGCAGAAAGAUCCAAGGCUCGCUAGGAAUCGUGAAUCGUGCACGAUGGAAGGCCAACAGGUGAGAGCCCUGUACGACUUCACGGGCGAGUCGGCAACGGCGGAAUUGUCUAUCACUGCUGGGGAGGUUCUUACUGUCAUACGAGACAAUGUGGGAGAUGGCUGGUGCGAGGGAUUUAAUCAGAGCGGACAGUCAGGCUUGUUUCCAGCUGCGUAUGUUCAAGUGGUCGAACAAGCUGCAGUCCCGUCCAAUACUAUGACAUCAUCUCAGCAAAGCUCUGGAGAUUAUUGGGAUGAUGAUUGGGAUGAUGAUUCUGAAGUUGGACAAACACAGGCUUAUGUUCCACCUACGCAGCAACAGCAGCAGCAGCAAUCACAAAUUAUACAACUGCCACAGCAGAAUAAUGCCAAUGACUAUGGCGAUCAAGUAUCGAUGCAUACUAUACAUUCUGUGAUACCAGACAGGCCUAUACCUAAUGUACCAAAGAAAAAUAACAAGUUUUCAACAUUGAUCAAGUCGGGGGAGGAUAAUUUUCUGAUGGGCACUCGAAUAGUAACCGUGCCCGAGAGCGAAAAGAUUUUUAUAGAGGAGGCCGAAGUUGGCCGAUGCACGUGGGUGCCGACUGGGGAGUCUUACAAUUGUGUUGUCACAUCACCCAAGAAGGAAUCCAAGCUGAAGGGUCUCAAGAGUUUCAUUGUUUACCAGCUAACUCUACGAUUCAACAAUAUACAAGUCUCGAGAAGAUACAAGCACUUUGAUUGGCUACACGAGCGUUUAGGAAAAUAUUGCUUUAUUCCGAUUCCACCUUUACCCGACAAACAGAUAUCCGGGCGCUACGAAAAUGCAUUUAUCGAGCAUCGACGUACGCAGCUGCAGGAAUUUGUCGAUUACGUCUGUCGACAUCCCAUUUUGUCGCGUAGUCGUGUUUGGGAACACUUUAUUACGUGUACGGACGAAAAACGAUGGAAGGCAGGGAAACGACAAGCGGAGAAGGACGAGCUGCUAGAUGUGAAUUACUUCAACGCUACAUGUCCGGACACGUCGUUGGAUAUCAUCAAGAUGGAGAUUCAGACGGACGCCUUCGGUAGAUUUAUCAGCGGAUUAGAUCCGGUGGUGAAGAACUUUAUGGCCAUGGCGGUCGAUCAGGCGAAGAAACACCAAGUACUGUACAAAAGAGAAUUCCAGAAGAUCGGCCAAUCGUUCACUUCGCUCAGCCACGCUCUGGAGGCGGAUGAUAACGGUCGCGGAAAUUUAACGCGCGCGUUGAAGGCCACCGGUGACGCUUACAACGAUAUCGGCAAGCUGUUUGAAGACCAGCCCAAGUUCGAUUGGGAGCCCUUAGCUGAUAAGUUCCAUAUCUAUCGCGGUAUCAUUAGUAAUUUUCCGGACGUCAUCAGCAUUCAUAAGAGCGCAGUCCAAAAGCGAAAGGAUUGCGAUCGACUGGUCAGCGAGCACAAGAUGGAACCGCAGCAAUUACGCGAGCUUUCCCAUCGAACUGACGUGAUAGCCCGUGCGCUGAUCGCCGAGACACAUUUUCAAACAGAGCGCGAGGUACAUAUAAAUAAAGCUGUAAAGACACAUCUCAGGGAACAAAUCGCCUUCUAUCAAAAAAUAGUUGAGAAACUACAAGAGGCGUUAAGUGCGUUUGAAGAAUAAUACUCUAUAUGUAUAAUUGUCGCACAGUCUGCCUAAGUAAUAUAAAUCCGUUUGCUCUAAGGUCGGUCAACAUCAUUGCCAACAGACGAGUAUUCCGUGUACGAUUACGACGAUAAAUAUACCAAAUGCACAUAGUUUCCCAGUGAGAUAUGUACAUACAUUAAAUAUAUAUAUACAAUAAUUACAUCA